AUGCCUCCAAAGACAACAAGAAAAGCCAAAGCGGGAGCGAUUCUGAGCGGGAUAUCACGAGCAGGACCAGGGAAGGUGGACAUUGGAAGCAUGGUGCCGCAGGUGACUCCUUCAGUGACUUUCGAGCCUAUCCUCUUUCAAAAAGACAGACAGUCGGGUCAAGAGAGGGUUGACGCUGAGCCCACCCCCUCAUUCACUGCUUCAUCAGAUAUAGUGGGCAUGUAUUGCCACUUCUGCUGUGAGGCAACACAGCCAGGAUACCGAUAUCAGUGCAUUGAGUGUGGUGCCCUCAUGUGUGAGCAGACGGUUCAGAAGAGCAAGGGUUGUAUAUAUCUGGGAUCGGUGGAGAACAAAGACGAUUUCUUGUGCACAGUGUGCUUUAGAACAUCAGACAAGAAAGACCAACCCUUGCCGUACGCCUACAUUGGCUUUGGGCAAAGAAAGAAGGUGAAGAUGGCCUGGCCCAUGGCCGUUGUCAACCUCAACCUGGAAUCCAUGAAGGAUGAUUACCUUGCAACAACGGUCAAGAUCGAGUUGGAGAAUCACUAUCGCAUGCAUCCUCACAACUUGUUCAUACAAACCUUACGCAUGCGCGGUGCAGCACACUUAUCUGAAUCUAGGAAGCUUUCAGACGGUUUGAAAUUCAUGCGCAGUAACGUCGGUCGCGGUUUUCCACCUAAUACAUUCAUCGUUGUCGACACACAUUCAGACGAGUUCACAGGAAUGUUGCAGCAUACUGGAGGACAUACCGGAGGCACCAACACGACCAUCACCGAGAUUAUCGAGGCCUACCUUGGCACAGAGUUCUUGAAAUGCAUGGGAGAAGCUUCGGAUGCUGCAAGGACUGACAACUCUACCUUUACCACAGCAAAGUCGACGAAGCCGUGGUGCGACCUCACUUCCAGGGCAAGAGGGGGAUGGAGGGGGCUAUUACUUGUCAGCUGCGGGCCUGCGAUGAGGGUCUCCCACCAUUUUGAAUCUGUAUUAAAGUUAGUCAAAAGUAACCAGUUCGAAGUUAUCGUUGGGUUUGGGGGAUCUGGAACGCUACCCUCAAUGGUUUCGCAUACAGUGCGCUCUUUUGUUGUAGACACUGGGGUGUUUGGACGAACAGAUCCCUGGUCAGCAAUCUGUCACAUGCUCACCUCAAACCACGACGUCUUGGACUACACAACCGCGGUUGUGGUGUACGCGACCGCGGUCAAUGGUUGCCGACAAAUCGAAUGUCGCCAGAUUGCGAAGGACGCUCCUGGUCUGCGUGCCUUUGGAUAUGAAUUUAGGUCUUGUGGCAAACCUGGGUGCAAUCCAGUUCCGGCAGAUCUCCGCGUUUUCAAUCAAAAGGAGAGGGUCAGGGUUCGAUGCUUGAAGUGCGGUUGGAGGUCAGCAUGGGCAAGGACCGACAAGGACAAUAAGCACUUCAAGAGAGUUAACGCACUCGCCGCGCCUCAAUUAUUUUGGCACCAUUUCCCCCCUUCUGCUGACCUGCAAAACUUCUUCGUGGAUCUUACGGAGCGCCAGAACGCCAUAGCCGCUCAAUCAGCUCAAAUAUCCAGGAAGAGGGGAGGCGAGUCGAAAAGAAAAAAGACUCUUCAAAAGUUUAAGAACCGUCAACAGGAUGCGGAGAUGCUGGACCUGACAGGAUCUCAUCAUUCCCCCGCCAUGGACGUUGAUGAAUGA